UGGUGACGUAGAUCUCAUGUGACCAAGAGUCGACGUGUGCAGAAAUCUUGCUAGUCUGGUCCUUGUUUCCAUCUGGGUACCAGCUUCCUUCAGCCUUGCAGGCGGCCGUUUGAAAAACCAGCGGAAGGACGAGACAGCUUGCUUGAAUUUUGCAGUUUGUCUGCAGGUUUGUUCUUCACUGCUCAAGGCUAAAAAAAAUAAGAGAAAGAAACUGACCAGAUCAGUACCAGAAGCAAUUGCAUCCAAACAGAAAUAGGCAGGAAGAGAAGCAGAUUCAAGAUGAAACCCUGCCAAAAAAUGGAAGGAAAACCAGAAAAUGAGGAUGAAUCAAAGCCUGAGGAAGAGCCAAAGCCUGAGGAAAAGCCAGAGGAGGAGGAGGAAGAGCCAGAAGAGGAGGAAAAAUCAGAAGAAACUUUUAGGGAAAGGCUGAUUCAAUCUCUUCAGGAGUUUAAAGAGGAUAUACACAACAGGCAUUUAAGCAGUGAAGAUAUGUUUAGGGACGUGGAUGAGGUAGACGAGAUAAGGAGAGUGAGAAACAAACUUAUUGUGAUGCGUUGGAAGGUUAAUCGAAACCAUCCUUACCCCUAUUUAAUGUAGUUUGCUUUGAUUUCUAUUUUAUCUGUUAUUACCAUGGCAAUAUACUUUUCUUUUUAUUAGCAUUUUCCUGAUAUGCCUUUGCCAAUCUUCUCCAUUUUAAUCUGUUGCUGUUAGUGGUUUUAGAUGUGUCUCUUAACUGUAUCUUAUUGCUUAUAUUUAGAACCAAUCUACAUGUCUCUGGCUUUUAAGGAGAGAGCUUUACUGAUUUGUAAAAAAGAAAGAGAGAGCUUCUGAUGGGAUACAAAAUGAGAAAAGGCUACACAGUAACAUGAGAAAAUCAUAUUUUUGAAAGACAAGAUUACCUUUGUAUAUUACAUAUAUGCACAUAAAAACUUGUGAAAGAUGACAGUACAAUCUCAGUGGUGAAAUUAUUAAUGAUUUUUCUUCUGCUUAUUUGUAUUUGCCACAUUCCUACAAUGACCACACAUUAUUCUUGCUAAAAAUAAUAAAAGUUUUAUAACUAAAAAUAA